AUGUCGAGCAACGGACAACGGCCGGUGGAUUCGGCGCAGGUCCCUUCAACCAUUGGGUCUUCGGCGUCGUCAAGACCGGAUGUUCCGGAGCCCUCAGGCAGUAACGAGCCAAAUGCGAAGUCGAGACGACGCCGGCGCGGCGCAGACCCGGAAUCUCAACCUAAGAACCAGUCAUUCUAUUUUGUCGAUUCAACCUCAUCCUCGAAGGAGAAACGGGCACAUGUGAUGAGACACCAUGUCCAGGAGAAAAGGAAGCACCGGAAACUUUCACAUGGAAGCUUGCAACGAGAACAAAUGCCAGAACCAACUGUCUGGCCAGUCAGGACUGAUUCAGGAUAUGAUACGGACACUCCCAAGGAGGCGGCCUUGGCUGGUGUGCCAGGGUCUGCUGUCGAGCAGGAAUCAUCGCUCCAGAUCCGGUUUUCAAAUGUGAAGCCCUAUGCCCAAGAAACAGUACCGUUACAAAUGGAGUCACCCAUGACGAUGCUCGAUGCAUCCCGAAGAGAUCCCUUCUCCAGUCUCCCGAUAGCUCAAAACCCUGAAGAUAUGGAAUUGGUGGAUUAUUGGACGACCAAAUUGACCUACUGGUCUGGUCAGAAUCCUUAUGUGAAAAACCAGAUCUUCCGGAUGGCCAUGGAACAUCCCUUUUCGUUCCAAGCCGUGAUCCUUGUUUACUGUGCAAGAUGGAAAGCACAGCUGUAUGGGCAGAAAGAGUCCAAGAUAGUCCAGCGCCAUGUCGGACAGGCCAGAAAGAACAUCGAAGACGCUAUGGCGGGCUCGUUACAAGUGCACGACGACCAAUUAGCCAUGGCCCUGGCAGGCAUGGCCCUGUCGGAGGAGCGAUUCGGAAGCAGUCAAGAUGCACACGCAUUCAUGGAACAUGCCGUCCAAAUCAUGCGCCGACGCCAGGCCUCCAACCCUGCCGUUAUAGUCUUUGUCCAAUACGUGCGGUACAUUCUACCUGCACAAAGUCCUACUUUAACACCCGCCAACCAACGCUGGCUGGUGACGUUCCUCCAGGGAGCGCAAGACCUGAUGCACAGGCACAGCGCUCCCGAAUUUCAACCCCAAUCAUCCCAACGACGCACCGCGUUCCAAAUGGAAAGCCCCCUCUUCUCCCUUCUCUCCAGCGGACCCCGGCCCUCUCAGGUACCACAGGCAUCACGAAUGUACGUGGUCCGAGACGCGCAGACCCAGGAGGUCAGCCGGUCGGCCUCGCUUAUCUACAUCACCGCCGCACUUUGGGACUUUAAAGACUCGAUUAGCCAGACUCAUCGAUUUCUUGCUUACUUGACCGCGCUGGUCGAACAGCACCAGCUUGAUCGACACCCUGCCUGUGAGACCCUACUGUGGCUGUUGCUGGAGCAAACGUGCGAUGCAGAUUUGCGGGACUCUGAACGGCCAUGGUCGACAGGUGAGCUGCUUCGAGCACACGGGCAGCUGCGGCCGGAAAUGCAGUUUCAUUUCAAUGAGCUUUUGAUGACCUUUUUGUCGCUUCAACCGCCUAUUCGAGGCAUUAGCGUGUUUGAGGCUGAUCUUCAAUCUAGUCUUGAUGGUAGCAGUACCUUGCACCAAUGA